UUCUGAUUGGUCGCACACAGCAUUGGGGCGGGGCACUGGGCGUGUCUCACAGCGACGCGCUGAGCUGUCACUUGUCGGUGAACCCAGUAUUUACAAAGCUUCGCGACUCGGCUCCGGUCGCAUGGGCGGGCCUCCUUCAGCCAGAUCUUAGUGUCCCUUGCAUUGGCCAGACAUGUCGUCAAUCACGAAAAUUCGAGCUCAUUGGUGCGAAAGUUUCAACAGGUCCCGUCCCCGCGCCACUCACCCACCACCUACCUGAGCGGAGCGGCCAUUCGGAAAGCCGUGGUGAGGGUGGCGGUGACCAGUGAGGGCAGCCGAGUCGUGGGCGGGGGAGAAGGGACCACAGCACGCAAGGCCGCCUCCUGUUUCCACGCCGCCUGCGGGAGGGAGGGACCUAGAGGGCAGCGCGCGGCCUGCGCUCAGGGCGAGGGCUCCCGGCCCCUCUCCGUCCUCCGCAGCGCGGGGCUGCGGGCUGCGGGGCUCCGAGAGCCCUGGCGCGGCUGUCGCCGGGCCCUAAGCUUUCCCGGCGGCAGUCAGGUGGCGAGGCAGCGGCUUGGUGGCUGGGCAGCAAGGGCUUUCGUAGGCCUUCUCCGGGGAUGCGGGGGCACCUCGUGCCCUGUUGGGCCAUUCGUUCUUGUGGUUGUGAAUGUGCCAGAGAGGCACUGGGGUCGCCACCGCCUUCCUCCCGAGGUCUGGGCGCCUCUGGAAGAUGAGUAGGAAGAGACAAGGAGCAGCGGGAGGGGAACCUAGGAGGUGUGCCAGGGGUGUUUGGGAGAGGAGAUGGAGCCUCCCAGGAUAGAGGUACCUUCCUUCUCACAGCAAGCUUCUUAUGUUUUUUCUUAACUGAGAUUUUUUUGUUGUUGUUAGAAACAAAGACAAAUCUCUAUUUUGUCGCCCAACAAAAUUUCAAGUGCUGCGACGCCCUGGACUUUCCUGUACUUCCUAUGUGGACCUUCUAUGAAGGAUUGGAGCGUGCAUUCUUUGGCUGUAGCAGCCUAUACCGCAUUUUUAUACAGGAUUAGUGCUGUGCUCCUUUUCUCUGGUCGUAGCAUAGAAUGGCCUGUACCGGACAUCAUCCAGGACGUUUAGCUACUGUAGGAAGCCUUUGCUUUCAGGUAACCAAAUUCAAUUACCAUGGGGAAUGUUUUUGAAAAACUGUUUGAAAGUCUGUUUGGGAAAAAGGAGGUGCGGAUUCUUAUUUUGGGUUUGGAUGGAGUAGGAAAAACUACCAUGUUGUAUAAAUUGAAGCUGGGAAGGAUUGUGGCUACCGUCCCUACAGUAGGUUCCAGUGUGGAGACGGUGGAAUAUAACAAUAUCAGCCUCACCAUCUGGGAUGUCAACAGCCAUUGUAAACACAGACCUAUGUGGAGACAUUAUUUCAAGGACACCAAAGGUGUGAUUUUUGUGGUCGAUAGUAACGACAGAGAACGGAUCAGUGAGGCCCAAGAAGAACUAACCAGAUUGUUAAUGGAGGAUGAGCUCAUGGAUGCAGUACUGUUGGUGUUUGCAAAUAAACAGGAUGUUCCCAAUGCUAUGAGCACAGCAGAAAUAGCAGACAAGCUUGGCUUACAGUCCGUCCGCCAGAGAAACUGGCACAUCCAGGCUACCAGCGCCACCAGUGGAGACGGGUUUUACGAAGGCCUGGACUGGCUCUCCAGCCAGCUUAAGAACCAGAAGUGACUGGAAGCAAUUCAUUCCUGUGCAUCGUGGCGAAACCAGCUGCCUGUGUGUGUGCAAGGAGCAAGUGUGGAUGUGUGGCUGGGCGUGGGGUGGCUUCCUCACACGGUGCCUUGGAUCUGCUAUAAGAAAACCAGUGUUACAGUUUAAGAAAAACCAGCGUUACGUUUUGUACACUACCUCCUGUUUCAGUAGCCUUGAUGAUCAUCUCUACAGUUGACGGAGGAAUCCUGAGGGCUGUCGGGUGCACAGGAGCCAGAGUGACCUUCAUGGUGGAAAGGAGAAGGGUUGCUGGCAGGAAGACCAAGUCCAGUUGCGAAGCCCUGGCCCUGGCGUCUCUGCAUACCCGGGACCCUGUUAGACUUCAGAGUCUACGAACAGGAAGGAACUAGCAUUCUUUCCCAUCCCUGCCAGAGCUAGAUGCUCACUAUUCAGUGCUUUAGAGCAAAAGGUGCUUGCUUACCACAGGUUUGAAGUUCAGAUUGGAAUUUUUCCCUUCAGCUGCAGCCUAGCCCAGACUUCCUGGUGUAACAUACUUUAUUUCAAGGAGUCAGUGAUCUUUUUCACUAGAGUAUCCAGACUACAGGAACACUAGAGAAUUAUCCAGUCCUCCCCUUGUGCUAGUUCCUUU